CUGGAACCCUGCUCCGCUGUUUCAGGCAAGUGUCUCAAUGCUGCAAGUGGGAUAUUUUCCACGGGAGAGACGCUGAAACUUCGCAGUCACGCUGACCGCCAUUCUCUUAUUCAUCGGAACAAGGAAAGGACCAAGUCCACGGAGAGCAGUCCACGGAGAGCAGUCCACAUACAAUUUUCCCAUCACAUCACUUCGCACUCUCUCUCGUCAGACUCGUUGCUUCUUGUUGUUGCUUGGACUGCAGACAAUCGGGGAGCUGAGAACAAAUGCUCGAAGUGAAUAGUUUGGGUUAAGACUGAACAGCAAAUUGUCAUGGAAGCUGUGCCCGGUUUAGGUGAUUGUAUGGGCUAAAAGCGGGACCGGUCGGUUGAUUAAUCCCCCACACAAAAAAAACACAUAUCUGUCUCGGAUAAGUGGAGCAUGCAUCAGAACUGCAGAGGUUCUCUCUACGCUGCCUGCUGUGUUCUGAGCUGGAGAGGAGUUCCAAUUACAAGUCUGUCUGCUUUCAAACACAUUGCCAUUGUCCAACAGAUUUUUCAGAAUUCAGCAUAUUUAACCCAAACCGACGGUUAUAAUCAGUAAGGUGAGAGGAUCAACAAUGAACAUCUUUGAAAGCUGCUGGCCUGGACCUUUUUAACCACUCUUAAUUCAGCAUAAUUUUGCAGAGAGACCAUCCACAUAUAGCAUGAUGGCAUGCUUUCUUUGGAAACCAACCUUCUAUGGGCUUGUUGUCGUACUGGCCCAAGUACAUUCAUCAGAGGGGUUCAGUCGGGCUGCACUGCCGUUCGGCUUGGUAAGGAGAGAGCUGUCUUGUGAGGGCUAUCCAAUCGACCUACGUUGUCCAGGAAGUGAUGUCAUCAUGAUAGAGAGUGCUAACUACGGAAGAACAGACGACAAGAUCUGUGACGCUGACCCCUUUCAGAUGGAGAACAUAAACUGCUACCUCCCAGAUGCCUACAAGAUCAUGUCACAAAGGUGCAACAAUCGAACCCAGUGCAUAGUGAUCACAGGCUCUGACGUCUUCCCUGACCCAUGCCCAGGAACCUACAAAUACCUGGAGGUCCAGUAUGAGUGUGUCCCCUACAGUCCAUGCCCACACAGAAUUGGACCAAGAACACAGAAUGUGUCGUAUCGCAACUGCCCUGAAGUGGAGCAAAAAGUUUUUGUUUGUCCCGGGACUCUGAAAGCUGUCGGAGAUCCUUCCUUUCUCUUUGAAGCGGAGCAGCAGGCCGGGGCAUGGUGCAAGGACCCAUUGCAAGCAGGCGACAAAAUCUACUUCAUGCCCUGGACUCCAUACAGGACAGAUACUCUCAUUGAGUAUUCUUCUCUUGAUGACUUCCAGAAUGCUCGGCAGACCAUCACAUACAAGCUCCCUCAUCGUGUGGAUGGCACUGGAUUUGUGGUAUAUGACGGGGCUGUAUUUUUCAACAAGGAGAGAACCCGCAACAUUGUAAAGUUUGACCUACGGACUAGAAUCAAAAGUGGUGAGGCCAUCAUCAAUAACGCUAACUAUCAUGACACAUCGCCAUACAAGUGGGGCGGGAAAACAGACAUCGACCUGGCUGUGGACGAGAACGGCCUCUGGGUGAUCUACGCCACCGAACAGAACAACGGCAUGAUGGUUAUCAGCCAGUUGAACCCUUACACCCUUCGCUUCGAGGCUACCUGGGAGACGACUUAUGACAAGCGCUCAGCUUCAAAUGCCUUCAUGAUCUGUGGAGUACUCUAUGUAGUGAGGUCCACUUAUGAAGAUAACGAGAGUGAAGUCAGCAAAAGCCUGAUAGAUUACAUUUACAAUACCAAACAGAACCGGGGCGAGUACGUGGAUAUCCACUUUCCUAACCAGUACCAGUACAUUGCAGCUGUGGAUUACAAUCCAAGAGAUAACCAGCUAUAUGUGUGGAAUAAUUUUUACAUCUUAAGAUACAAUCUGGAGUUUGGUCCACCUGAUCCCGCGCACGCUCCCCCUCCAUCAGAGGUAACCAUUGCUCCUCAGCCUCUGAGAACUACAACCACCACAACAACCACCACGAUGCACAGAGGUGUAGCCAACACCACCACUCCAACAGGGCACAAGGAAGGGAGCAAGGGAGCAGUGAAACCCCCUUCGGAGGUUCUCCAGACCACGGUCCCUCCACCCCUGGAGAGCUUCCCCCUGCCAGAGCGCUUCUGCGAGGCCACAGAGAAGAGGGACAUCCUGUGGCCCCAGACCCAGAGGGGCAUGCUCGUUGAGCGACCAUGCCCCAAGGGGACACGAGGCACAGCCUCCUAUUUAUGUGUUUUUGCCUCUGGGGCUUGGCACCCAAAGGGCCCGGAUCUCAGCAACUGCACAUCCCACUGGGUCAACCAAGUUGCCCAGAAGAUCCGUAGUGGGGAGAAUGCUGCUAACCUAGCCAAUGAACUAGCCAAACACACCAAAGGCCCCAUUUUUGCCGGCGAUGUGAGCUCGUCAGUGCGUCUGAUGGAGCAGCUGGUAGACAUCCUAGAUGCUCAGCUCCAGGAACUGAGGCCCAGCGAGAAGGACUCUGCAGGACGCAGCUUCAACAAGCUUCAAAAACGAGAAAGGACAUGCCGGGCAUACAUGAAGGCAAUUGUGGACACAGUGGACAACCUUUUGAGACCAGAGGCUCUGAAAUCCUGGCAAGAUAUGAACUCCACAGAGCAGACACAUGCUGCCACCAUGUUGCUGGAUACUCUUGAAGAAGGAGCAUUUGUCCUGGCUGACAAUCUCAUGGAGCCAGCUAUUGUCAAAGUACCUGCUGACAAUAUAAUCCUGGAUGUUUAUGUACUCAGCACUGAUGGCCAGGUGCAGGACUUCAAAUUUCCUCAAACCAGCAAGGGUGGUAUCUCUAUUCAACUGUCCUCCAACACUGUCAAGCUCAACAGUCGCAAUGGUGUUGCCAAGCUGGUGUUUGUCCUCUACAAAAACCUGGGCCAAUUUCUUAGCACGGACAAUGCCACGAUCAAAUUGACCAACGAGGCCUAUGGUCGGAACAUGUCUAUGGCUGUAAACUCGGACAUCAUUGCCGCCUCCAUCAACAAAGAGUCCAGUCGCGUGUUUAGCAAUGACCCUGUUAUUUUUACCCUGGAACACAUUGAUAUGGAGCACUACUUCAAUUCCAAUUGUUCCUUCUGGAACUACUCAGAGAGGAGCAUGAUGGGGCAUUGGUCCACCCAAGGCUGCAAACUUCUGGAUUCUAACAAGACCCAUACCUCCUGUUCCUGUAGUCACCUCACCAACUUUGCCAUCCUCAUGGCUCAUCGAGAAAUUUCUGGCAAAGAUGGAGUGCAUGAGUUGUUCUUGACUGUCAUCACCCGUGUAGGGAUCGUGGUCUCGUUAGUCUGCUUGGCCAUCAGCAUAUUCACCUUCUGCUUCUUCCGGGGCCUUCAAAGUGAUCGCAAUACCAUACACAAGAACCUGUGCAUCAAUCUCUUCAUUGCAGAAUUAAUAUUCCUGAUCGGAAUCGAUAUGACAGAACCAAGGAUUGGUUGUUCCAUCAUUGCUGGGAUUCUUCAUUUCUUCUUCCUGGCAUCUUUCUCCUGGAUGUGUCUGGAAGGGGUUCAGUUGUACCUCAUGCUGGUGGAGGUUUUUGAGAGCGAAUACUCCAGGAAGAAAUAUUACUAUGUAUCUGGAUACCUCCUUCCAGCCAUCAUAGUUGGUGUGUCUGCAGCUAUUGACUACCAAAGCUAUGGGACUAAGAAAGCUUGCUGGCUAAGAGUGGACAAUCACUUCAUAUGGAGCUUUAUAGGACCUGUCACCUUUAUCAUCAUGCUCAAUCUCAUCUUCCUGGUCAUCACCAUGUACAAAAUGGUGAAGCACUCAACUACCCUAAAACCAGACUCCAGUCGGCUGGAAAAUAUAAAUAAUUAUCGCGUUUGUGAUGGAUACUAUAAUACCGAUUUGCCAGGCUAUGAAGAUAAUAAACCAUUUAUCAAGUCCUGGGUCCUGGGAGCCUUUGCUCUGUUGUGUCUGCUGGGUCUGACUUGGUCCUUUGGAUUGUUCUUCAUCAAUGAGUCCUCCGUGGUGAUGGCCUACCUCUUUACCACAUUCAACACCUUCCAAGGAAUGUUUAUCUUUAUCUUCCACUGCCUCCUCCAGAAAAAAGUCCGUAAAGAGUACAGCAAGUGCUUCCGACACACAUACUGCUGUGGUGGCUUGCCCACAGAGAGCUCCCACAGUUCUGCUAAGACAUCCACAGCCAGGACGAGUGCCCGCUACUCCUCUGGCACACAGAGCCGUAUCAGGAGAAUGUGGAAUGACACCGUAAGAAAGCAAUCUGAGUCCUCCUUUAUCUCAGGUGACAUCAACAGCACUUCUACCCUUAACCAAGGAAUGACGGGCAAUUAUCUACUAACAAAUCCUCUUCUUCGACCACAAGGCACUAACAACCCUUAUAACACCUUACUGGCUGAAACAGUCGUAUGUAACACUCCUACGGCUCCUGUGUUUAACUCUCCAGUGACCUACAGAGAGACAAGACACUCACUGAACAACGCGAGGGAAACAAGUGCAAUGGAUACUCUACCGCUAAAUGGUAACUUUAAUAAUAGCUAUUCGCUCCGCAACGGGGACUAUGGCGACAGUGUGCAGGUUGUAGACUGUGGCCUCAGCCUAGAUGAUGCUGCCUUUGAGAAAAUGAUCAUCUCUGAGCUGGUGCACAACAACCUGCGGGCUAAGAACAACCACCACCAACAACAGCAGCACCACCACCACCUUCACCCAGAACGGAUCCCGCCCAAGGUGACGGUGGGUGGGAGUAGCGGUGAAAACAAUGCCAUCAUGGCAGACGCCUCCUCCCUGGUGCAUGGUGACACAGCGGGCCUGGAGCUGCACAGCCGAGAGCUGGAGGCACCUCUCAUCCCCCAGCGGACUCACUCGCUUCUCUACCAGCCUCAGAAGAGAGUGAAGACCGAGGGGAUGGAGAGCUGCGGAGGUUUUGUCAGCCAGACGGCAGAGCCAAACAACAGCCUGCAGUCCCCCAACAGAGACUCCUUGUACACUAGUAUGCCUAACCUGAGGGACUCUCCAUUCCCCGAGAGCAGCCCCGACGUAGAGGAGGACCUCUCCUCCCCCUCCAAAAGGAGUGAGAACGAGGACGUUUACUACAAGAGCAUGCCUAACUUAGGAUCUGGACACCAGCUCCAAGCAUACUACCAGAUCAGUCGAGGGAACAGUGAUGGUUAUAUUAUUCCUAUUACUAAAGAGGGCUGUACACCUGAAGGAGAUGUACGGGAAGGACAGAUGCAGUUAGUGACAAGCCUUUAAGAUUGAAAUCACCAUCUUUUCUUCUCCGUACCAGCCCUAUCUUUUGGAGGACACACUCUGAGAGAGGUUGUGGAAGUGGCUAGAGCCCAAACCAAACUGUCCCACUACCAUCCAAACAACGUCCCCUUUAACCCUCUUUUACCCUUACACAGACAAACAGACUUAAGUGCACAGCAACGGCAGUUCAGUGUUACUCCGAUCGCUGUGAAGUUUACACAGAAUGUACAUACAAUGCAGAGUCAAUUUCAGUUUAAGAAAUGAACCAAUUAUGUAUUUAAAUGUGAUGCUGCUGUUGAAUAACGGAUACAAAAAUAUAUAUAAAAACAAAAGAAUAAAAAAAUAGGCUAUUUCAGAUCAGAAGUUUUCACUUCCAUAAUCCUUGUCAAAGCCUGUUUUUGUAUCAUAUACAAAAUAAAGCUUUUGGGCCAGGAUGAGGACAACAAUUUAACUGAGACGUUCCUGAUGAAUUACUUAAUUAGGAAUAUAAGGUCCUAGAGUUACCCCCCAUCACCGUGAAGUUUGGAUUGUAUAACCACUAGCAAUCAAGCCCCUGGCCUUAUAUUUUCUCAAUUGUACAUUGAGCUGUUAAAAAUGACAAAAAUAGAUAUAUUUUGUUGUAUUGCUCGAGGAAAAAAUUAAUAAAAACAGUACAUAUAAAGAAACCUUUUAAUUGAAAAUCUAACAUUUGAAGAGACUAUUGUGUAAAAGUUGCACAUGUUAUAAAAUGUGUUAAUUGUUCUUACACUUCAUUCAUCUACAUUUGAAGAAAAAAAAGAUAAUUAAAACAAAAUGAGUCAACAAAGAACUUGAUUAAUGCAUAUUCACUUUUUCCACUUGUGAACAGUGUUUUCCUGAAUGAAUUUCAUAUUGUCAAUUGCACUGGGUUUAUUUGAUAAUGCCAAAACAUGAAAUUAAUCUUUUCUGUCAUUAUAUAGGUUCAUGGGCAGCAAUCACUUAAAACCAUCUUCUGACAAUAAAGUUUAUAUUCAUUAUAUUAUGUAUUUAUUACGCUUGGGUCUGGACAUUAAUUUAUUGAAAUAUUUCCAAAUAAUGAAUGGAGAAUGAGCAAAUAUUUUCCAGCACUGGUAUACAUAGCUCAUCUUUUUCUGUAAACUAUUAAGGGGCCUAUCACUAUACUGAUGUAAAGUUCAACACUUGUUUAACAAAAAAAAUAAUGUGAGAUUUUUUGUCAAAUGCCAGUUCCUUUAUUAAUUUGUGUUUUUGUACUGUUUAAGACUUCAGCUUUGAUUAUUUUGCUAUAGACAAAAUAUAUUUUUGACUCUUGUUUUCCUUUAGGCAUUGCAGGUUAGUCAAGCUCAUUUCCCCUUUGUGUUGGAGAAGCCAAAUCUUUUCAUGUAAUUUAAUAAUGAGAACUCAGGUAGGGAAAAUUCAAUUGUAAAUGUUACUCUGUGUGGUUGUAACACUCCAAUAAAAGUUCCAGUAAAAAU